AUGACGCGGACUUCCAACGAAUUCUUUGGCGCCCUCCCGAGAGUGCUGAUUCGGCCUUAUCGCUUACUCACCGUGACCUACGGUCAAAGACCAUCACCGUUUCUCGCACAGCGCUCCCUUCUUCAAUUAGCUCGUGACGAAGGUAAAGAUUUCCCCGAUGCUAUCCCCAUAAUUGAAGAGUCAACCUACGUCGAUGACGCUCUUUUCGGAGCUGACGACCUCCUGUCUCUGCUCGAAAAACGUAGGCAAUUCGUUGGCAUGAUGAAUCGCGGAUGUUUUCCCCUCCGGAAAUGGGCCGCGAAUUCAGUCGAACUUUUGACGGAUAUCCCAGAGGACCAACGGGAAUCCUCGGAUUAUUCAAUCAAUCGCGAUGACACGCUCAAGGCCCUCGGCCUGUCUUGGUCGCCGCAUGAUGACUCGUUUCGUUUCGUAAUUUUGCCAUACGCCGUUACCGUUCAUACCAAGCGCUCAGUUUUAUCAUUUAUUGCAAAGCUGUAUGACCCACUCGGCUGGGUGUCACCUAUAGUUAUCGCGGCCAAGAUGUUGAUGCAAGAACUCUGGCUCCGUAAAAUCGAUUGGGACUCUCCCAUCCCCGAUGAUCUUCUGCAUCAGUGGAUCAAUUACUUUUCUGAUUUGCCUAAUAUUAGUGAAAUCCGCAUUCCUAGAUGGACAGGGAUGCGUCAAGAUAAAAUUAACAUUGAAUUACACGGAUUCGCGGACGCGUCCAUUCGAGCUUACGCCGCAGUAGUUUACCUUCGAAUCGUGCAUUCCCCAACGAACAUUCAGGUAGCCCUCCUCUCGGCUAAAACGAAGGUCGCGCCGUUAAAAACAGUCAGCGUUCCACGAUUGGAACUUAACGCCGUCGUUCUAUUAACUCGGUUACUGGAAUGGGUAAGAAACACCAUGCGCUUGAUGCAAGCUCAAUUAUUCGGAUGUGGAUCGGACUGA